CGACGAAGAAGAAAGGCGGUCACGUGUCCGCCACGUGAACAGCUGAUCGUGACGUCAUUCAGCAACAAGCAACAUGGCGGAGUGGAACAGAGGCCAUGGCUCUGUGGAUGAUGUGCUCGAUGCUGAAAACAAACGGCUGGCAGAGAACCUGGCCAACAAAGUGUCCAGACUGAAAUCUUUGGCUUACGACAUCGACAGAGAAGUGGACGAUCAGAAUGAGUACCUGGAUGGCAUGGACUCAAACUUCAUGAGUGCGACAGGCCUGCUCACUGGCAGUGUGAAACGUUUCUCCACCAUGGUCCGAUCAGGACGAGACAACCGCCGUAUCCUGUGUUACGUCUCCAUGGGGAUGGUCCUGGUCUUCCUUGUUCUUUACUACCUGGUGUCCAGGAUCCACCAAUAACUGGGAAAACAAGAUCAGCCAGGCUCUGAUAUGGAGCUGAGACUUUAGACUGUAAUGUCAAAACUGAUUUAAAUAAAGACUUUUUUUAUUUUGCACCAAAGAAAGAAAGCACGACGUAGGCAAAAUUGGAUUGACCAGUUGGAGGUGUCAGUCAGCCCACCGGAGGAAACUGUAGUGGGCGUGGUCACAUGAAAGAGACGCCUGAACUUUGGGAUCUUUGAGUUGGCUAUGAGUACGUCCCAUCCUGCAGCAGCAAGUCCUGAUUUGGUUGGAAGACAACAGAGCCCGGACGCUCGGGAGGUGGGAAUGUCAUUCACCAUAUCCGAGUUUAAUUGAUUGAUGAACCUGUCAAUCCGGAGAAAAUUUCCAAAAAAUCAGUUUGAGUUUUCACACCUAGAGCUUGUUUAUCUUCCUCUGAGUCCAUCUUGUUUCAGUUCUUGUCACAUACAAAAACAUCUAACAGCCAAAAUGCAUCACAAACAUACAACACUGUAAGUAUUAGGCACAUAUUUGUCAUGCAGGAGGGAGAAAAUACAGAAAAUAUAGAAAUGGUGGUGCUGUGUUUAGUCCAAACACCAGUAAGCCACCACAUUAAAAUUA